AUGACCGAUGUUACAGAUGAAAUAUAUUAUUGGUUUUUGUUUUACAAAGGAUCAGUAUUAGUUGAGAAGAACGGAGAAGCAAUGAGAAUCCCAUUACAAAGACAACCACCGAUUGAACCUGAUUCCGAAACAUAUAUUCAUCAGAAGGUUCUUACAUUAAAAGAUAAGGAUUGCAAAGCAUUUGAUCUAAAGGAUGAAGUUAAAGAAUCAAAUCGAUACGUUUUAGUUGAUUUAAGAGCUUCAUACUUUUCACUUCCAGAAGAAGAGUACUUAGCUGCUGGUAAAUGCUAUCAAUAUGUACAUUGGUACAGAACUAGUAACUUUUGCCCAAGAUGCGGCCAUAAAAUGGAACUUACAGGCCCAAUCAAAAGAUUAUGCCCCGAAUGCAAGUUUUCAAGUCAUCCAAUUGUUUUCACAUGCAUAUUAGCAUUAGUUAGACGUGAUAACAAGAUCUUAUUGGUUCAAUCACGUAGCCACAGAGGAAAAUACAACUCAUUAGUUGCUGGCUAUCUUGAAUCCGGCGAAAACCUUGAACAAUGCGUCCAAAGAGAAGUUAUGGAAGAAACAGGUCUCACUAUCAAGAAUCUUCAAUACUUUGGAAGCCAAUCCUGGCCAUAUCCAUCCCAAAUGAUGGUUGGCUUUAUCUGUGACUACGAAAGUGGUGAACCAAAGCUUCAGGAAUCAGAAUUGAUCUAUGGAGCUUUCUAUACAAAGGACGAACUUCCUGAACUUCCUCCUCAUCUUAGUUUAUCACGUAAGAUGAUUGACUGGUGGGUAGAGAGCCAGAAAUAA